AACAACAACAACAACAACAACAACUACAACUACAACUACAACUACCACGAAAACAACGCCACAGAAGGGAGUGCAGGCAUACACGCUGAUCGCCGGAGAACAGGAGAGGGCCAACGACCCAGCGCAGUCGGCAGUCGUGCCAAACCGCGCCCACGCGCUGCUGUGGUGCCACGGAUACAGCAAGGCAAUCCUGCUGCAAGCCAACGUGACAAGCAGCCCUGCUGACCUGGACCCAUACCCUCCCCGUGACGUUCAGUGCGUGCACCCGGCCCUCCUCGGCCCAUCACACCAUGACGGUGAUGGCGAUGGCGAAGAGCAAGGACGUGAGAAUGAUGACGAUCACCACCGUCAGUUCCGUGUGUCUCGGCGGGGUGUAAGCAUGCUGCCACCACACACGACCAACACCGACAAGGAUGGUGAUGACGGUGGUGUGCUGCCCCGCCUCCUCAUUGCCAUCAUCAGCGGUGGCAGCAAUGAGACGCUCGCACGUGCGCAGUUCCGGCCCAUGGUGAAUCUGCAUGCGAACCAGGAGCGCGAGGCCAACAGGGAGGCGUGCUUCGAGACAUAUGGCAACGACGACCUGCUGUUCAUCACCAACGAAGCGGUGCCACGCGGUUCACAUCGCGUCCAUCUUGACCCCAAGUACGAGGCCGGCGGCAGGGACGGCCUCCCAUACAAGGUCCUUGGCACGUGGAAAUACCUCUAUGACAACCACAUCGACGACUACGACUGGUUCAUGAAGACAUGCGCAAGCACAGACCCGGAACAUAAGAAACAUGCAGGCAGUGAUUUCCGCUCACGAUUCGCGCCGCGCUGGGGACAAUCCUUCUUCCUUCGCGGAGGCCGGUCCGCCAUCAUCGUCAAUCGCGCUGCGCUGAAGGCGAUGGCGCCCGUCUUUGACCGAUGCUUCAGCCACACGACGUUCAACUGGGAGGACUACUGGUUUCGCGACUGCUUUGCGUCGGCGCUGUCGCUUGCGGGCAUCGACCCCCUGCCCUGCCUUGCUCUUAAGGACCUUGGGUAUGAUUCCCUGUUUCGAAACUCAAAGAACCAGGAGCAAAACGCAAAGCAGGUGCGCGGGCUGUACGCGCGUGACCCAGGCGCCCUUGCGUUGCAUCACACCUUCCACAGCUCGUACAGCGCCCUGUCACGCGAGAUUGCGCAAUUGCAUGCACGCAGCGACGCCGUUCGCGAGUACGUCCUGCGUGCGGACAUUUUGUCCGUCCUGCACAUGGCAGAGCACCCAGGCAACUACAGACAGCGAUUCCGGUGCGAUUACGUCAUGACAAACACACAGGCGGGCGCGACCACCCCACACACGGGCGAACCAUCACAGCUGCUCUCGUCAUCAUCAUCGUCCUCAUCAUCAUCAUCAACAACAUCAACAGCAGCAUCAGGAAGGAUGCCAGAUGGGAGUGCGAGCUUUGCGCGGUCUGCAAUGUGCACGGCACCAUCAACGCGCGUGUCUGUGCUGGUGGGCGAUGCUGCACGUGUGCACGCGUUUAACACGCCAGACGCCUACACGUGUUUAGUUUUGCCUGCAUGGACACCGUCUCUCGGUAGUGACGACGGCGACAAUAAGAGCGAGGAAGAGAUUGAAUGGAGCGACGCCGACGAGGUGGAACAAGAACAGCAGCAACAACAACGUGAUGGCGUGAGAGAUGAGGAAGCAGAAGGACAGCGGGGCGGUGACAAGUUACCACCAGCAGCAGUGGUUGCAGCAGAGAGGCUGAGGUUUGCUCGCGUCAGCGAUGUGCAGUGCAUCGUGGAUGGAUUUGGUGUCACGCUGGGUCGCAAUGACCGCAACCGUGAUGGUGGUGGUGGCCGUGAAGAUGGGCAGGAGGGUGGAGGCAACGUUGCAGAAAACUCGCUGUUGGUGCAAGGUGUGCUGCUGGCGAGCGAUGACAAUGACAGUGAGGCAGAUGGUGGUGGUGAUGGCAAUGGUAGUGAUGGUGCUGUGAACGCCGCCGACGCUGCGGCCCUGCUCCUCGCACGUGUGGAUGCGUGCGCGAACGCCAAUGACAGGGGUGAGAGUGUUGAUGAGAAUGACAUGCAGCAGCACCAACAGCAACAGCACCAACAACAGCAACAGCAGCAACAGCAACACGAGGAGCGUGAUGAGGGUGAGACUGUGGUGGUGGGGCAGGGCACGGAUGGUGUGGUGGUGCCUGUGGUCUUGGCAGAAGAAGACAACAGCGUUCCAAAGCGACACACAGGGUGGCACAGGCUGGGCUGGGACACCAUUGCUGCACACCUGAUUGUGCUUGCAGGCAGCUUGCGGCGCGUGAAUCCGCAUGCACAGGUGCACGUGCUCUUUGAUGACGUCACGCGUGCACGGACGAUGGCGCCGCAACUCAAAGCACUGGCGCGGUUGGGUGUGGUGCCCCAUUUUUAUGACGCAACCACGUCGCCCAUCUUCCAGGCAGACCUUGCCCCACUACCCCGCAGCAUGCGCGCGCUGGCCAUGGUGUCCGCCUUUCUGAAGAGUAAUGACGCCAGGACCCUUCGGCGAACCAUCCAAGUGCCCCCAGAUGUGGUGUUUCAGUCUGAUCCGUUUGUCAUCCGCCCGCCAGCACAGGCCGACGUCCUCCUGUUCCAGUCAUCGCCCAUGCGGCCGUUUGUGUUCCGCGAGCACGUGGCCAGCGAGUGUGCUAAUUACAGCACGGCCGUCCUAGAUUCAGGCUAUGUGCGGUAUCUUGGCUCUGAUGACCACCAUCCACGCGUGCACGUGCCAAUUCCUGAUGUGCCGUACUGUGAAUUCACACGCACGCACGGCACCUACAUUGCAACCGACGUCGUCAUCAGCACACCCAAAGCGCAUGCCCUCUUCAUCGAUGUCUUCGUCGCCGAGUACGCCACAUCUCUUCUGAAACACGGAGCUGCACAAACGUCAUCAUCAUCAUCGUCGUCGUCAUCAACAUCAUCAUCAUCAUCGUCGUCGUCAUCGUCGUCGUCGUGUGGGUUUCCUCCCCGCUUCUUCUUAUCUCGCAUGGUGGUUACAAACGCAUUCCCGCGCGCAGGCCUUUCUGUUGCCCACGUCCCAGCCUGGAACAGCCCCGUUGCCCUGCUUGACAGCACGCUUGAGAAUGCGCAGCGCACGGGCUUUGUUGUCACUGCCAAUCGGACACACACGCACGAUGACGAUACAAUACAUCACGAUGGUGUCAACGGUGCACAACAACAACAACAGCACCAGCAGCACCAGCAGCACCAGCAGCCCCGUCUUGUUGUGACGAACUUGCGAGGGGAGGCAGCAGCCAUUGUAAUCGCACGUGCUGGCAUCCGUCCAGCGGCCACCACGAUGCAACAACAACAACAACAACAACAACAACAACAACAGCAGCAGCAGCAGCAGCAGCAGCAGCAGCAUGUGCCAGCGCUUGUACUGAACACGCACCGGUUCGCGGUCAUGACAGCUGUCGACUUCUCAUCCUCGCGGCGCCACCUCAAGGCGUGUGAGCUGCCAGGCACCCCCGCUAAGCUGCAGCUGCACCCGUUUCCUGAGGACGCGACCAAGUGCGGUGUUGACUUUGCCGCCAUGUUCAAGCAGAAUUACGUCUCGCUCGUGGUGGCCGGUGAGAAAUCAGACAGGUUCCUGUUCAACUUUGAGGGCGACGGAGCUGGUGGUGAUGGUGGCAGUCGCAAUGUUGAAAAUGGUGCUGGUGGUGCUGGCGGCAAUGAUAGGUUGCAGCAGCAACAACAACAACAGCAGCAGCAGCAGCAGCAACAACAACAACAACAACAGCAGCAGCAGCAGCAGCAGCAGCAGCUUCCCUUGCAAGUGCGAGGGGCGAGAGGGGCGCUGGUGAGUGCUGAUGACAGUGCUGGUGAGCGUGUACGUCUCGUCUCGUCCCCGCACGAUGUUCGAGUUGCGCUGCUGUAUGCGCCGUUUGCAUACAACUCCAACCCGCUCGCCAACAUUGCACUUCGCGUGGCAGGCCGGUACAAACGACGCGUGUUUGUCAACCGUGCCAAUGCGAAGAACAAGAAGUUGCACGUGAUCGACCGAUUUCAGUUUCAGAUAUUCCAACAGCGGUGGCCGGCGGACGUGCGCCACAACCGACACAUGUGGCUGCAGCCCGUUGUCCCAGGCUGGACGACGGUGAACUUUGCGCGUGUUCAGGAGGCGCAGGCGUGGGUGCUCGGCCCAAACCACCAACGCGUCGCCCUCGCCACAGAACCCGUCACAGAGUUCAUCUCGCGUGCGCUGGCGGUGAAGACGCAAGGCUCCGUAUCGCAGCGCGUGGAGGCGUUUCUUCGCUAUUCAGAGGUCGGCAGCGGCCUCAGCGUCAUGUUUGGCGUCAAGGACAAGGACGAGGCAGCGCAGCUGCUGCCUGUGUCGCUGCUGCCAAUUGUGCCCCGCAUCCUCCACCGCGUGAUGGGCCGUCUUGCUGCGGACCGAACGCUCUACGAUGCUGCCGUUGCCCGAUUCCAACACCUAAUCAACCUCGCCACCCCAACACAGGCGCUCAAGGACGCUUUUACGGCUGAAACAAAGGCCUUACGGGACAUGACAAUCUUCCUCACAGACGCCUGUCACAACCACGGCCUUGUCUCGGUACAAAGCACCCACGGUUAA